UUCUAAACAGGUGGUUGUAAAUAAACAUUUACAGUGAACUGAGCUGCUGAUUUUUUAUGUUUGGUUAUACCGACUAAUAUUCUUCUUCGUAACCAAAUAAUAAACAACGAUGUUAGCGUUGCAAACGGGAAAUACAACCGGUAUUCCGGAUAAAUUAUGGCAGCCACAUUUUGUUACUUUCGAAACAACAAUGGGCGAAAUCUCAAUCGAGUUGUACUGGAAGCACGCGCCAAACACCUGUCGGAACUUCGCGGAGCUCACCCGGCGGGGAUACUACAACGGCACCAUCUUCCAUCGCAUCAUUCGAGACUUCAUGAUACAGGGCGGUGAUCCAACGGGAACCGGUCGGGGUGGACAGUCGAUAUAUGGAGCGACGUUUGCGGAUGAGCUCAAUGCGGAUUUGAAGCACACCGGAGCGGGGAUACUGUCGAUGGCAAAUUCCGGCCCGGACACCAACGGGUCGCAGUUUUUCGUUACGCUGGCGCCGACGCAGUGGCUCGAUGGGAAGCAUACUAUUUUCGGUAGAAUUCACACGGGAAUGCAAGUGAUCAAGCGGAUAGGGCUUGUCGAAACGGAUAAAAAUGAUCGUCCUGUGGAGCAGGUGAAAAUUCUCAAAGGGAAGGUGGAAAAGUAUUAGAGGGAAGAAUAAACCAUAUUAUUCAAACAAUAUUGUGCUAUUUUUAAUCGAAAAUUAAAUUGUUUUGAAUUUUUUCAA